AUGCCUAAGUCAUUCCUGUUGCGGCGUCAUCUGAAACAGGAAUGGAACAACAGAGUGGAUUAUUCCAUUGCUGGUAAGUAACUUAGAUAUUGACUAUCCCUCCUAAUCCAUACUGUUCUGUAAUUUAGUUUGAUUACUAUAGGAAAUUUCCGGAUAAAAUAGGUGAAUUCUUAUUUCCAGUAGACUUCGGCCAAUUUGAGUUGACGAAGGCUCAUUUCUGACUUGUGGAUUGUGCAUAUUUUAGGACCUUUGCCACUUGGUCUUUGGCAUCGAUUGGCUCCAAGAGCAGGCUUUCUGGGCUCAUCUCUCCAAGAACAGAGUCCGUCCUCAGAAGAAGCUACGGACGUGAAUGGAAAUCACACGGAGAAGCAUACGAACAAUGAAAAAUACUUUGAAGAGUGCGAUUAUACCAGCGAAUUGGCGCCAAGUCAAAAUCAAAAAGAGAGCAAGGCGAAGAUGAGCAAACAAAAAGAAAUAUCAAGAACGGAGAAGGAGGAAUUUAUCUGUGCAGCAACGAAAGAUAAAACGAGAUCGGGAAAAGGUUCCAAAAGGUCUCAACACCGAGGGCUUGAAGAGCCAAGGAGUCUACGAGAAGGUUCUAAAAGAUUGUCUUCUUCGUAUCAAACGGGUCCUGUCAAGCAACCCUAUAAGUGCGAUCAGUGCGGUAAAAUUUUUAAGACGAAGUAUACAUUGACGAUCCACCUAAAGAUGCCAUCCCACACUGGCGCCAAGCCGUUUGUGUGCGCCAUAUGCGGCAAGGGAUUUCGAUUGUCAAGCACACUUUGCCGUCACAAAAUCAUUCACACAUCUGAGAAGCCCCACAAAUGCCACAUCUGCGACAAAGCCUUCAAUCGGUCAUCCACGCUCAAGACUCAUAUUCGCACUCACAGUGAUCUGAAAGAAUUCGUGUGUGAUAUCUGUGGCAAAGGUUUCCAUCAAAAAGGCAAUCUGCGCAACCAUGUUCUUAUACACACAGGAGAGAAGCCGUAUCGCUGCAAUCUCUGCGAAAAAGCCUUUAAUAAGCUAUCCAAUUUGAAGUUCCACAUGCACGUUCAUACGGAUAACGCCCCUUACCGCUGCCGAUAUUGCAAAAUCUGUUUUACACGGCGAUGUGAUCUCAAACUUCACAUCUCAGAGUGCAACCCGCAGCGCUGA